GGAGUCCCUCUCCCUCACCUUACACUCAGCACUUAGUCCGCCUGCCCCCCCAUCUCCGGCUUCCCUGGGGUUCACCCAGUGCCCCCACGGAUGGGAGCCCGAAGGGUUGCAUCCAGCCCCACGAGGGCCAGCCAGGAGGGCUUCCUCAGUCCCCAUUCCCAAUCCAGGAAGUCCUUCCUGGUGUCGAGCUGUAAGCCCUCUUGCUGCCAGUCUGGAUCCAUGGUCCACCCGCUCCACCCUGGUCUCACCUCGUCCCCUGGCUGCACAGAGGAGGCAGACGGUGGCGGCCUGUGCGUGCCUCUGCCGGGUCCCUUUCCUGCGGGCCGCCCUCCCCACAGCAUCUCUAAGCACAGCAGGGCGCUGGGCCUGGCGGCUCCAGCUCCCUGUGGGGGUUUGCAGCUGGACACCCUCCCCGCUGCCACCCCCCUCCUCCUCAGGCCUCCGCUGCGGCCAGCCCCCUCCCUGCCCCCGCUCCUGUCCCCUGCUGCCUCCUCGGCAGGCAGCCUCUCUUCCUUCUGGCAGAGCGUCCAGCCACUGCCUGCUCCUCCCCGGUCCAGGGCGCCUCUGGCAGGCGCUUCCCUCCCUCUCUCCCUCUCUCCUUCCCUCCCUCCGGUGGCCACAGCCUCCUCCCCUCUCCUGCUCGCGUCCCCUUUCACCCCGUCCCUGCCCUGGAGUCUGCAAACAUGAGGGUCUUGGCCUGCCUUUUCGCGGCUCUGAUGGGGAUCCAGGCUGUUGAGCGGCUGCGUCUGGCUGACGGCCCCCACGGGUGUGCGGGCCGCCUGGAGGUGUGGCACACCGGCCGCUGGGGGACCGUGUGCGACGAUGGAUGGGACCUGCGGGACGCCGCCGUGGCCUGCCGGGAGCUGGGCUGCGGGGGCGCACUGGCUGCCCCUGGAGGUGCCUUUUUCGGGGAGGGUGCAGGGCCUGUGUGGCUGAGUGAGCUGGCCUGCCGGGGCAGCGAGGGACAGCUGGGGCUCUGUCCCCACCCGCGCUGGACCCACAUUUGCUCCCACGAGGAGGACGCGGGCGUCGUCUGUGCAGGUCAGCGUGUGGCCAACUCCAGAGACAGGGAGGAUCCGACUUCCAUCCUGGAGGGGGACCUCUGGCCAGGGCUGUCUGGGGAGCUGAGCCCUGGCUCUCAGGAGCCUCCCAUGACCCAUGCCCCCCGCCCAGCUGGGACCCCACAGAACAACUCCAGGAAGAAGAGCCCGCGGCCAGUCAAGCAGCCCAAAUCCACCAGGGCCCCCAUGCUGACGGCUGGAGCCCCCCGACAGGAGCGGCUGCGCCUCGUCUCAGGCCCCCACGGGUGCUCCGGGCGCCUGGAGGUGUGGCAUGGCGGCCGCUGGGGGACCGUGUGCGACGACGGAUGGGACCUGCGGGACGCUGCCGUGGCCUGCCGGGAGCUGGGCUGCGGGGGCGCACUGGCCGCCCCCGGAGGCGCCAGAUUUGGCCCGGGCUCGGGGCCUGUGUGGAUGGAUGACGUGGGGUGUGGAGGCGGGGAGCAGGCUCUGCGGGACUGUCCCCGGAGCCCCUGGGGUCGGAGCAACUGUGACCACAGCGAGGACGCAGGGCUGGUCUGCACUGGCCCAGCCCCCCGGCUGCGUCUAGCUGAUGGACCCCACGGGUGUGCAGGCCGCCUGGAGGUGUGGCACAGCGGCCGCUGGGGGACGGUGUGCGACGAUGCCUGGGACUUGCGGGACGCCACUGUGGCCUGCCGGGAGCUGGGCUGCGGGGGUGCGCUGGCCGCCCCCGGGGUGCCUUCUUCGGGAAGGGCUGGACCCAUCUUCCUGGAUGACCUUCGGUGCCGGGGUAAUGAGACAGCCCUGCGAUUCUGCCCCGCACGGCCCUGGGGCCAGCAUGACUGUCACCAUCGGGAGGACGCCGGGGCUGUGUGUGAUGGUAUGCCUCUGGGGUAUGUCCCCCCCACGGCCCCAGCAGCAGACAGCAACCGCUCUUCGUCCCAGGAGGCAGUGUCCAGGCCCCCGGCCCCCACAGGGAGCCCGUCCCUAGGCACAGCAGACAUCCCACCUCCUCCUGCUUCCCCCACUGUCCCUCGGGAGACUGGCCCGGAAGCUGGGUCCCCCCAGCUGCGCCUGGUGGCAGGACCCAGCAGGUGUUCGAGCCGGCUGGAGGUGUGGCACAACGGACGCUGGGGGGACGGUGUGUGUGAUGACAGCUGGGACCUGCGGACUCAGCCGUGGUCCUGCCGGGAGCUGGGCUGUGGCAGAGCACGGCAGCAGGACCCUGCGGCUGGCCGCUUCGGCUGGGGGGCUGGCCCCAUCUGGCUGGAUGACGUGGGGUGCUUGGGGACCGAGGCCUCACUCUCAGAAUGCCCCGCUUCACCCUGGGGGAAGCACAACUGUGCUCACAAUGAAGAUGUUGGAGUCUCCUGCACUGACACUCCUGGCCUGGACUCCAUCUCAGUCCCCUUCAGCUGGAGCUGGAUCCCUGGCCUGGGUAGAGAUCCGGAUGCCUGGCUCCCUGGGGAGCUGACCACCAAGCCCCCAGCAAAGCUGACCCCCAGUGUUCCUGAGAAAACCACCACCAAAGCCCCAGGGAAAACCCCCAAGGGUACUAAGAAGUGGGUGACCAAAAAUGCAAGGAGACUGACCACUCAGCCCCCCGUGAUUCCAACCACUAAACACUCCAGGGCCCUGGGCACCCAGAGGCCCCCUGAACUGACCUCACGGACCACCACGACUCUGACCACUGAGGCCUCCCGAAGGACAGUUUCUGAGUCUACCACCAGGUUGAGCACUGGUCCCCACAGGAUGACCUCACAUACUACUGCAACACGGACUCCCCGGGCCCCCCGAGAACGGAAUGCCAAGACCGUGGCAACACCGACCACUCAAAGCCCCCGAGAAAUGACCUCUGAGGCCACAGUGGAGCGAAUCCCUCUGGCUUCCAUGGAGCCAUCCACUGAGACCCCAACACAAGGUUCUCCAGACUCUUCCGAAGACCCAGCCCCCUCCCCCACUGGGAGCACCGCUGGGAGAUCAGGCCCGUUCCGGGUGCGUCUGGCCGAUGGGCCCAACCGGUGUGCUGGCCGGCUGGAAGUGUGGCAUGCUGGGCGCUGGGGGACAGUGUGCGAUGACAGCUGGGACCUGCGGGACAGUACCGUGGCCUGCUGGGAGCUGGGCUGUGGAAGGGUCCGGUCCCGAGUGGGCAAAACCCACUACGGCCCCGGGACCGGUCCCAUCUGGCUGGAUGACGUGGGCUGCAAGGGAAUCGAGGCCUCCCUGAGUGACUGCCCUGCUGGGGCGUGGGGCCAGCACAACUGUGACCACGAGGAAGACGUGGGGCUCACCUGCACUGGCCACGCCGAUGAGGAUGAUUAUCCCCCCUGGACGUGGGAUCCCACCUCUGGAGAGGACCUGGCCAAGCUGACCACCACCGCAGGGGUACCUGGACACACGCUCUCCUGGGGCACCACCAAGAGCCCAGGGGCCCCCUCUCCGGCGACAAGGCGUCUUCCGGACACAGGUGGUGAGGAUAGUUACGAGCCUUCCUGGACGUGGGAUACACCUUCCGGAGGGGCUCCGCCAGAGGGGACACCCACUGCAGGCAGACCUGGAUCCACUCUUACCACUGCUACCACCCGGAGUCCAGGCCGUCCCUCUCCAGCUCCAAGGAUCCGUGGAGACACAGGUUCCCUGAGGAAACCGUGGCUGGAGCGGCGGCUGCAGCGUCCCACAGCGGCCAGGACAGCGCCCCCGGCCGCUUCCCCAGCUCCGUCAGCCUCGCCAGAGCCCCCUGGCCCACCGGUGACCCCCGACUCUGCGCCUGGGCUCAUUCCUGAGGCAGCUUCAAGGCGAGGGGUGACCUCUGACCCUCCUGACACUUCGCCACCCAACCCAGACCUAGCCUCGCAGAUGAACUCGGACCUCACUCUGACAACCCCUGGCCUCACUCUGUCCACCCCUGAGGGCGCUGUGACUCCAGCGCUGAUACCUGAUCUCUCACCCACCCCACCACCCACCUUGCCCAAAGAACUGACCUCUGACCCCUCUGCACCUGCAGUGGCGACCCACCUUUCUUCUACCUCAGAGUUGACUCCAGAAUCUGACACAACCCCAAACUUGGGCACAGCUCCAUAUGCCAACACAUUUCCAGAUCAUUCCGAAUCCCCAGACUCCUCCACAAACCCCCACCCUACUAGCACCCCUCACUCCACUUUGACCUCUCAACCCACGACCACCCCUCAUUCCACCACAACCCCACUACUCACCACGACCCCACAACCCACCACACCCCCUCAACCCACCAUAUCCCUUGAACCCAACACAUCUGUUCAACCCACCACAACCCCUCAACCCAUCACAACCCUGCAGGCCACCACAACCCUUUACCUCACUGCAACCCCUCAUCCCACCACGACCCCUCAGUCCACUGCCGCUCCACCCACCACAACCCCUCACCCUAUCACAACCCCUUACCCUGCCACAACCCCUCACCCCACCAUGAUCCUUCAUUCUACCACCUCCACUCACCCCAGCAUGACGGCUGACCCUACCUCAACCCCUAUGAUCACUACCAAGUCCAUUCUAACUUCCUCGGGAACAGAACUGUUCUCUCCCACUCUAGCACCAACAGUCAAGUCUAGCCUACACCCCUGGUUGACCUCCAUGGGGUCUUCUCAUCUCUCUACAUCCAAGAUGUCCAGCCUAGUGCCUUUUCCAACCUCGGAGUCCAGCCACUCCAGGCCUUCUCCAGCUCCAAGCAUGGACACUCUGUCCACUGAGGACUUCGAACCACCAAGAAGCCAGAGCCCCAAACCAAGCCCACCACCCACACAGACCCCACACUCAGCCUCUGACCCCACAGUGACCUCUGACCUCCACCUGUCUUCCAUGGCCCACCCCUUGGGUCAACCUUUCCCUGACCAUCUCACCCCAAGGCCAACCCCUGGUCAGAGCCCAGACCCCCUUGGCCCAUGUGUGGCUCCAACACCACCUGUAAGGGUCAUGGCUUGUGAGCCGCCUGCCCUGGUAGAGCUGGUGGCUGCUGUGAGGGACGUGGGUGGCCAGCUGCAGAGGCUGACCCAGGUCCUGGAGCAGGAGCAGCAGCAGCGCCAAGCCCUGGGACUGGGGCUGACCCAGCUGGUGGAGGCCACCCGGAACCUAGGGCAACUGGGUGAGGUUGUAAAAAGACUGGCUGAGGGGUCCUGGCCCCCCAGCACCUCUGCACCAGCUACCACCACCCCAGAGGAGGAAGAAAGGCCUCUAAGGGGAGAUGUAUGACCCCUAUAUGGGAUUUGAGGGGCUAAGACACACCCAACCAAAAAAUGAAAACCAUAGUAUCUAAUUAAAAACAAGAUAUCGGUGACAUUUGUGGGGAUCUAGGGGAACUCCAGAGGGAGGGAAUCCCAAGAUUGGUCUUGAAUUAUGAAUCCCACAGGCACCAUGCAAGGCAAGGAUGUUUAUGGUGAUGGUGUUAGUGAUAAUGGGUGAUGACCAUGAUGGUCAUGGUGAUUACGGUAGUGAGAAGGAGGACGGUGAGCCUAAUAAUGGCCGUGAUGACCAUGGUGACGAUGGCGAUGGAAGUGAUGUUGGCCAUGACCGCGGUGGUGGUGAUGGUGAAGGUGAUCAUGGGCGUGAUUGCGAUGAUCGUAGUGAUGACGAUCAUGAUGGGGAUGGGGGUGGUGACGAUGGUGCCACCAUUGGUACUGGCAAAGCCCCAUGAUGGCAAAGAUCUUUGUCUUGUUCACAGAUAUAUGCCCAGCUCUUAGAACAGAGCCUGACGCAGAGUGCACACACCUUAAAAAUCUCGAAUGCAUGAGUACAUGAUAAUAAUAAUAAUGACUAAUAUUUGUUGAGUGCCUCUUCUGGAUCAGGCUCUGUUUUGAGGGCUUUCUGUGCAUAACGUCACUUUACCUUCACAAACACCUGCUAAGGAGGGUACUGUUACCACAGCUCAGCAGAGAAGGGGUGAGCUUUGGAGCCCGAAGGCCUGAGUUUGCCUGUGGGCAUGAACCUGAGCC